ACAGCAUUAGAUACGGUAUUGAUUCUCGGAGCAGGAUUAUCUUUGUCCUGUUGACUUACUGUCCAAGCCCUUUGCCAAUUCCAUGCCUACAAAAGCUUUAUAUAUAUCGCCAACACGGGUUGCCUUGAAUCGUAAACCCCACUACCAUGACUCUCUUCUCAGAUCUCCUCCACAGUCUUAGCCAUGGAAAUCACCAACUUUCAAGCUCACUCCUCACUCUUUUUAUUGUCAUCUUUACGCUCUCUUGGUACGCAUGGAUUCACAACACCAACAAAUCUCACAAAAGAAGCUCUCCACACCCACUGCCGCCAGGUCCACGUGGCGUCCCGUUAUUCGGCAACCUCCUCUCUUUCGACCCAGAGCUUCAUUCCUACUUCGCUGGCCUGGCCCAAAUCUACGGACCCAUAUACAAGCUCCGUCUCGGCAACAAGCUAGGUAUCGUGGUCACCUCACCUUCCGUGGCUCGCCAAGUGCUCAAAGACCAAGAUGUCACCUUUGCAAACCGUGACCCGACCGAAGCGGGUCGGGCUGCCACCUAUGGUGGGUCCGAUAUAGCAUGGACCUCAUAUGGGCCUGAGUGGCGGAUGUUGAGAAAAGUUUGUGUGCUCAAGUUGCUUAGUAAUACAACAUUGGACUCUGUUUACACGCUUCGUCGGAAACAGGUUCGGGAAACUGUUGGGUACCUUUAUAGUCGGGUCGGGUCGCCCGUGAACAUCGGGGAACAGAUGUUCUUGACGGUGCUGAACGCGAUUACCAACAUGUUGUGGGGUGGAACAGUGGAGGGGGAAGAGAGGUCUAGGGUAGGGGCAGAGUUCAGAGAAGUUAUGUCGAAGAUGAUGGAGAUUUCGGUGAAGCCCAACAUCUCGGAUUUUUAUCCGGGUUUGGCCCGGUUUGACUUGCAAGGAAUAAAGAGGCAGAUGGAUGGGUUGGCCCGAAGGUUUGAUCGGAUCUUUGAUGCUAUAAUUGAUCAACGGCUGAAGAUUGAUGAUGAAGGUGGGAGCAAAGACAAGGUCAGUAAGGAUUUUUUGGAGUUUUUGCUGAAAUUGAAGGAUGAAGGUGAUUCCAAGACGCCUCUGAACAUGACCAACGUCAAGGCCCUUCUCAUGGAUAUGGUGGUUGGUGGGACAGACACAUCCACAAACACAAUCGAGUUUGCAAUGGCUGAAAUUAUGAAUAACCCGGAGGUGAUGAGGAAAACCCAACAAGAAUUAGAGGCUGUAGUUGGCAAAGAUAACAUUGUAGAAGAGUUCCACAUUCACAAUUUACCAUACUUACAUGCUGUGAUGAAAGAAACACUACGGUUGCACCCAGCCUUGCCAUUUUUAGUCCCUCAUUGCCCUAGUAAGACGUGCAUUGUGGGAGGCUACACCAUUCCAAAAGGGUCUCAAGUCUUUGUGAAUGUUUGGGCGAUACAAAGAGACCCUUCUAUUUGGGAAAAUCCAUUGAAUUUUGAUCCAGAGAGGUUCUUGAAUAGUAAAUGGGACUAUAGUGGAAGUGACUUCAAUUAUUUUCCAUUUGGAUCUGGCCGACGAAUAUGUGUUGGAGUAGCUAUGGCUGAGAGGAUGGUCAUGUAUUCACUUGCUACGCUUCUACAUUCUUUUGAUUGGAAAUUGCCUCAAGGAGAGGAGUUGGACUUUACAGAAAAGUUUGGUAUUGGACUGAAAAAGAAGAUCCCUCUUGUUGGGAUACCUACCCCAAGGUUGAUUGAUAUAUCUUUGUAUGAGUAAGCGAGGAGCUUGUGAUGUAAUGAGUGGAAUUGCAAUAUCCAAUACUCCAUACCAUCAUAUAAGACUAUAACCUGUUUAGGUACUAU